AUGCAGGCAUUAGAGAGCAUGACUGUCCUUCUCCUGUGGCUUCUGGUUCGCUAUCUCAGUGCACUCACUCCUGAAGAUGCUUCUAAAUGUGUCCUGCAAAGUGACUUUCAGCCAGGGCUCAUGGCUAAUGGUGAUUUUCUAAUAGGUGGCAUUUUUCCUUUGCACUACAAUCAGGAAAUGCCAGAUCUCAACUGUACUUACAAACCGGCACCAGUGAAAUGUAAUGGAUUUGAUCCGAGAGCUUUCCGCUGGGCCCUUACAAUGAAACUUGCUGUAGAGGAAAUAAACAAGCGAACCGAUCUUCUACCUGAAUACACUCUGGGUUACAAAAUCUUUGACUCUUGUGCAUACCCUCUGACUGGGCAAAGAUCAGCAGUAGCUGUUCUAAAUGGGCCAAAUGAGCAAAUAAGCCCCAUGUGUGCAGGUCCUGGUCCACUGCUUGCUAUCAUAGGAGAAUCUGGGUCAGCUCAGUCUAUUGUAGUUUCAAGACUUUUGCAGCCUUUCAGGAUACCAAUGAUCAGUUAUUUUUCAUCUUGUGCAUGUCUUAGUGAUAGGAGAGUGUUCCCUACAUUCUUUAGAGUCAUCCCUAGUGAUGCCUAUCAGGUAAAGGCCAUUGCCAAACUCCUGCUGCAUUUUAACUGGACCUGGGUGGGAGUGGUACGAGGAGAUCACGAGUAUGGUCGCUUUGCCCUUCAGGGCUUACUGAAGGAGUUAGAGGAUACAGGCAUAUGUGUUGCUUAUCAGGAGAUGAUUCCUUUGUUAUACGAGCGUCGGAGGGCGCUGGAAAUCAUUCAAGUCAUGAACCACUCCACUGCUCGGGUGGUUGUUGUUUUUUCAGUAGAAGGGGAAUUUUACCCUUUCUUGAGAGAGUUUGUGACUCAAAAUAUCAUUGGAAUUCAAUGGAUUGCAAGUGAGGCUUGGGUAACAGCUUCAAUGUUAGCAGAAACAUAUCCAUUCCUAGAUGGCACAAUUGGGUUUGCAAUACGUCAAGGACACAUCCCAGGUCUCCAGGAUUACCUCAAAACAGUGACCCCAGAAAGGUACCCUUCAAACCCCCAAGUUCAGGAGUUGUGGGAGGCUCUGUAUGGUUGUUCCCCCUCCACGUCCAACUUGAACAGUAAUUUGCCCUCCUGCACAGGGAAAGAAACUCUCAGACAAGAACACUCUGCCUACAUGAACACUUCCAGCCCUCGUGUGACCUACAAUGUGUAUAAAGCAGUGUAUGCCUUUGCUCAUUCUCUACAUAAUCUCAUUCACUGCAGGCCUGGAAAUGGUCCAUUUGAGAAUGCAUCAUGUGCAAACCUCAGUAAUGUGUUUCCAUUGCAGCUUCAGCAUUAUCUUGAGGAUGUUUCCUUCUCAGUAUCUGGAGAAAAUGUUAACUUUGAUAAUAAAGGAGAUUCAAUUCCAUAUUAUGAUUUGAUAAACUGGCAAAGACAGUCAAGUGGAGAUAUUCAGUUUGUGAAAGUGGGCCUCUAUGAUGGUGCUCAGAAUUCUGGGAGAGAACUGGUGAUUGAGGAACAGGCCAUUAUGUGGUCUAAACAACAGAACAAGGUACCUGUCUCUGUGUGCAGUAAUAGCUGUGCCCCAGGGUUCAGGACAGCUGCCCGUCGUGGGCAACCUCUGUGCUGCUUUGACUGCGUUCCAUGUGAGAGUGGCAAGAUCAGUAAUCAGACAGAUUCAGUAGACUGUCUGCCAUGCCCUGAAGACUUCUGGUCCAAUGCAAACGGAACAGUGUGUGUCCCAAAAGUAGUUGAGUUUCUCUCCCAUGAUGCAAUGGGAAUCACGCUGACUGUGAUAGCUAUAGUUGGAGCCUUUCUGACUAUCACAGUGCUGGGAAUAUUUUUGCACAACAGAGGAACCCCUAUAGUCCGUGUGAAUAAUUCAGAGCUCAGUUUCUUCAUCUUGUUAUCACUGACUCUGUGUUUUCUAUGCGCUUUGGUGUUUAUUGGGGAACCCACAUCCUGGUCCUGCAUGCUACGACACACUGCCUUCAGCAUCACCUUCUCCCUCUGCAUAUCCUGCAUCCUGGGCAAGACUUUAGUGGUGCUGGCAGCUUUUACAGCUACCCGACCAGGAAACAAUAUAAUGAAAUGGUUGGGCCCAAUACAGCAAAGAAUCAUAAUCUUCUGCUGCACUCUAGUUCAGGUGGUUAUAUGUACUGUCUGGCUUGUAGCGUCCCCUCCUUUCCCCUAUAGAAACACUAAAUAUCAGCAGUCCAAGAUCAUCCUGGAUUGCAGUGUGGGCUCUGAUCUGGCCUUUUGGUGUGUGUUGGGAUACAUAGGACUUUUGGCGUGUGUGUGCUUUUUUCUGGCAUUUUUAGCACGGAAGUUGCCUGGCAAUUUUAAUGAGGCCAAAUACAUCACCUUCAGCAUGCUUAUAUUUUGUGCAGUGUGGCUGGCAUUUGUACCUGCAUAUGUCAGCCAGCCUGGUAAAUUUACAACUGCUGUGGAAAUUUUUGCUAUUUUAGCUUCUAGUUUUGGCCUGCUCCUCUGCUUAUUUGCCCCCAAGUGUUACAUUAUUUUAUUAAAGCCUGAAAAGAACACCAAGCAACAUCUCAUGGGAAAAGUUAUCAAAUGA